AUGGGAUGGCCGUAUGAGUUUGUGAAGCUGACGCCAGAGGAGAAGCACGCUCGGCGUGAUGUGCUCGAUCGUUACGGCCUCAUCGCCCACUGUUCCGCACUGGCGCCCAUCCUCGUCUUCGGCCUCAUCCAGCUCGUGCGGCUGACAUAUCGCUACGCUACGGGAAUCUUGCGCGGCGCCGACGGCCAGGGCACCUAUGCUGAAAUUCCCAACUCGCCGGCCUUCAAGGCGCAAGAACAUACGGCCGCCAGCAAAUUCCAGACGGCAUGGGCCAAGUUCAGAUGGUGGAUGGGCGAUGAGUUUCGCCUCGCUGGAACCAGCUGGGGUCGCAAAGAGGAAUGGGCCGUAGGACUUUUUUGGACAGCAUGGUUGCUGCUGCUGUGUUUUUUAGAAACUGGAAAAGACUACUUUCACCUCACGAAGCGCUUUGGUAUCAUUGCCGUAUCGCAGAUGCCGAUCCAAUAUCUAUUAUCUCUCAAGGCGAUGAAUCCCUUCGCCUGGGCCUUAGCGUCGUCGCAUGAAGAAGUCAACCAUUACCACCGCAUCCUCGGCCGCAUCAGCUACUGCCUCGUUCUCGUACACUUGGUUCUGUAUAAUGUAUACUAUAUCAUGGCCAGCAAGUGGGUGGCCAGAAUCUUUGCGCCCGAUAUCUUCUGCGGCGUAUUAGCCUCGCUUCUAUUCAAUGCUAUUGUCAUCACGGCCAUGAGAAGAAUCCGCCAAGUUGCCUACCGCGUCUUCUUCAUCACUCAUCUGGCCGGCGCCUUCUUUGCCCCCACGCUGCUCAUAUUCCACGCCAGGUCUGCGCGGUGGUAUGCUAUUGAGUGCUGCGUCAUCUUCCUGUUUGAUCUUGCUGUGCGCAAACGCUAUUGCACCGUGGCGCUGGCCACGAUCGAAGCCAUCCCUUGCACGACCCUCGUCAAAGUCACCGCGCCGCUUCCACCCGGGCAUCUAGAUUACUUCCGUGGCGCACCGGGAUCACACGUCUACGUCAGUCUGCCCACGGAAGGCCGCAAGGAAUCAGUCCCCGCGUCGCAGUCCGCCCUCUUUGACUAUUCAUACAACCCGUACUCAGUCGCCUCCCUCAUCGAAGAUGCCGAUGCCAUCGGCUUCGUCGUGCGCGCGCGGCGUGGCGCCAUGAGCCGCGUCCUCACCGCCUACGCUGCGGCCACCCCAACCGCCGAGUCCCCCGAGGACGCCAAGGUGCGCCUCUCCAUCGAAGGGCCGUACGGCGCCAUGGCGCACAAAUACUGCGCCCUUCUCACCAGCGGUGCCAGCCGCGUGCUCUUCGUCGCUGGCGGCGUCGGCGCGACCUUUAUUCUGCCCAUCUUCCAGGCCGUGCAGGCCGAGUUGCCGCUCGCGCGUCUGCAAAUGAUCUGGGCUAUUCGCGCCGCCGGCGACGCGACGUGGGCCGUGCCGGCCAGCGCAGGCAGCAAAACUGUACUCAAUGACGAGCGCAUACAACUCUACCUGACUGGCGACGGCGCCGCCACCCCCGAUCCCGACGGCGGUGAUGAAGGCGCCUCCGCGGUGGAACUGCAGUCACUGCCGCCAUUGCGCAGCGCCUUUGGUCGGCGUGCGCGCAUGGGCAAGGCCAAUCAGAAGAACCGGCGACGGCCCAACUUUGAAAAGAUUGUAGACGAGGCGUUCAAGCUCAGCGGGCAGGGCGUUGUCGCGAUCGUGGUCUGCGGACCGAAGGAGAUGGCGGACGAGGUGAGACGCUGCGUGCGACCGUGGGUAAUGAAGGGCCGCAAAGUGUGGUACCACAACGAGAGCUUCGAAUGGUAG